GUCUGAGAAUGAAUAAGCACAGAAUUCAAAGCAUUCUUUAGCCUGAAAUUUUAAGGGGUGCAUUUAAGAACUAGGCAAGCUGACUUAGAACUUCUUUGAACUCCAGCUACCAAACUUGUAAGAAUCAGGAGUUGUUGAAAUUUUACUAUGAAGGGCAAUUUUACUUCUGGCACCGACAGCCAAAACAUUACCAGCAGUCUGCACUUCAGACUUGUGAACAUAUCUAGCAGCAAUGAUUCCAUCUUUAACUGCCCACAAAAACCAUCAGAUAAACAUUUAGAUGUGAUUGCUGUUCUCUACUACAUUGUUUUUGUGAUUGGAUUUCUUGUUAAUACUGUUGUGGUUAUGCUGUUUUGUUGUCAAAAGGGUCCUAAAAAGGUUUCUAGCAUUUACAUCUUCAACUUGGCUGUGGCUGACUUACUCCUUGUGGCUACUCUUCCUCUCUGGGCAACCUAUUAUUCUUACAGAUAUGACUGGUUCUUUGGACCAGUGAUGUGCAAAGUUUUUGGUUCUUUUCUGACUCUGAACAUGUUUGCAAGCAUUUUUUUUAUUACCUGCAUGAGCAUUGAUAGGUAUCAAACUGUCCUCUACCCCUUUCUGUCUCAAAGAAGAAAUCCAUGGCAAGCAUCUUACACAGUUCCCCUUGUUUGGUGUAUGGCUUGUCUCUCUUCGUUGCCAACAUUUUAUUUUCGAGAUGUCAGAAAUACUGAAUACUUAGGAGUGAAUGCUUGCAUUAUGGCUUUCCCACCUGAGAAAUAUGCCCAAUGGUCAGCUGGGAUUGCCUUAAUGAAAAAUAUUCUUGGUUUUAUUAUUCCUCUAAUAUUCAUAACAACAUGCUACUUUGGAAUGAGAAAACACUUACUAAAGACCAAUAGCCUUGGGAAGAACAGAAUAACCCGUGACCAAGUCCUCAAGAUGGCAGCUGCUGUUGUACUGGCAUUCAUCAUUUGCUGGCUUCCCUUCCACAUACUGACCUUCUUGGAUGCUCUGGCCUGGAUGGGUGUCAUGAAUAGCUGUGAAGUUAUAGCAGGCAUUGAGUUAGGACUUCCUUUUGCCAUCCUUCUGGGAUUCACCAACAGCUGCAUUAAUCCUUUUCUGUAUUGUUUUGUUGGAAAUCGCUUCCAACAAAAGCUCCGAAGUAUGUUCAGGGUUCCAAUUACAUAGCUUGAAGGCAAGAGAAAGAAUAUGUCUUGCAGAAAAGGCAGUUCUUUUAGAGAAAUGGACACUUUUUUGUCUUAAGCACAAGAAGACAUUGCAUGUUAUCACCUUGUUUUAAGGCUUACCUGGAUUAUCCUUAAAUAGCUUUGUAAAAUAAGAUUUUACCCUUAUUUGAUCUCUACUCACUUUUCUCAAAUAGAAAAUCAAGUAUAAUUAUACAUUUUAUGCUCCAGUGAUUUUCAGAAUUUAUCCAUUGUUUUUCUGUUACAUCAGUACGAGACUGUUUUGAGACAUAUCCAUAACUGAGAAGCAAUUUGAGAUUUAAGUCAUGUUAUAAUUAAUAUUAACUUGUGAAUAAUGAUUUGGGGUUUCAAAUUUCUCCUUGAAAAAUAUUGGCAUUUUUAGUGGAUUUUUAUAUCCAUUUCUGUCCUACUUUCUUGCCUCUUGAACAAAGGCCAGCUUUAACUUGCUGCAUUAUUUACAAGACAACUUGGCAAGAUAAAUAAGAACUAAGUUGAGUAUAAUACACUGAUCUGAGUGGACUACAUUAUAAUAUAUUACCACUGGAUUAUUCAGGCUCUAGGCUUUAGAUAUAAAUUACUUUCUACUUUUAAAGAAAUUAUAAUUCUAUUCCUUUUACAUUUCAGUUGAACAUACCUUAUACUUAAUGCCUAGUUAUGUAUUGACCAGACUAAGAAUAUAGAUUAAAUCACACUUAUUCCAGUAUUUUAGUUUAUUUUUUUUACAGUUAUACAGAGUAAAAUGUAUACUAAAUGAGUUGCUAUUAACAAAUAAAUGCUCACCAAAUUCUGAACAAAUACUUUAAAAUUUUUGUAUUCAUGCUAAUUUUUAUAUAAAGGUUUCUGCAUUUUCUGAUACUUUUUGAAAACCAUAUACAUCAAACACUGAAUAUAUAAAAUGCAAAGGUCACUUUUUACAUGUUUGACCUUUUCAAUGUUGUACUUUGAUAUCUAGGACAUUGAUUUGAUUUUAAUUAUUGCAUUUUGGGUUACUUCUCAAAACAUCUAGGAGGAUUCUUUAUCUUGUAAUAAAUUCUAAGUUGCCACAGGAAAAGGUUAUGCCAGAAUGAAACUGCAAUACCAUUUGGGUGACAAAGAGAGUCAGUAAAUGACAAGCAUGGAGUGAGGUUGAAGAUCUGUCAGAUAUGACAGUUCAGUGUGGCUUUUACAGUAUAGACACUAUACUCCAAUGUGUUCCUGAAUCUAUAGAAUUCUGUGGAGGAAUUUGAAGCCAAUUGCUGGUCCAUGGUUAUUUUUCUUAAUGUAUUGUAAUUCCCAAGUUAAAGGAAUACAUGAAACUGGCUGAGUUAUCUAAACUUGACUCACAUAACUGUAUGAAUGUUAAAUUUAGAAGUUCACCUUUUUAUUCUGUACCAACUCUGUAUUAUGCCAAGCUAAGUAGGACUUUCUAGACCAAUGGUGAUUUGUGAGGUAGAAUUUAAGUUUUGGGGCCUUAACAUCUUCACCAGGUUCAGCAGCUAUGAAUUGAAGAGUUCUCUCACAUCACUUUCUGGGAAAGUUCUUUCAUGUAAUCAUAUUAUUUUCAUACGAUAUACAUGCCGGAGAGAUGGCUCCGUGGA